AUGGCGGCCACCAAGGACACCCAUGAGGACCAUGACACCUCCACGGAGAACGCAGAUGAGUCCAACCAUGACCCCCAAUUUGGGCCUAUAGUUUCUCUUCCGGAACAAGAAAUUAAAAUGCUGGAGGAAGACGAAGAGGAGCUUUUUAAAAUGCGUGCAAAGCUAUUUCGAUUCGCUUCAGAGAACGAUCUUCCAGAAUGGAACGAACGAGGCACCGGUGAUGUCAAGCUCCUGAAGCACAAGGAGAAAGGGACCAUCCGCCUCCUCAUGAGGAGGGACAAGACCCUGAAAAUAUGCGCCAACCACUACAUCACACCGAUGAUGGAACUGAAGCCGAAUGCAGGUAGCGACCGCGCCUGGGUCUGGAACACCCAUGCAGAUUUUGCUGACGAGUGUCCCAAGCCGGAGCUGCUGGCCAUCUGCUUCCUGAACGCUGAAAAUGCACAGAAGUUUAAAACAAAGUUUGAAGAGUGCAGGAAAGAGAUCGAAGAGAGAGAAAAGAAAGGAUCCGGCAGAAACGAUAACGCUGAGAAAGUGGCAGAAAAGCUGGAAACUCUUUCGGUGAAGGAAGGGAGCAAGGAGUCUGAAGAUGCAGAAACCAAGGAGAGCGUCGAGGAGAAGCAAUAAGUCAUCUUCCCUUGUUUUCCUUCCCUGCCUUUCUUUUUUCUUUUUUAAAAUUCUGCCCUGCCCCUCUUUUCAGUUUGUUUUUUUUUCUGUUUUGUUUUUACAAGGGACUUUAUAUAAAGAACUGAAUUCAAAAAAAAAAAAA